GUGAGGAGACGCCGCAGGGGUUGAGGUGGUGGUGGUGAGGAGACGCCGCAGGGGUUGAGGUGGUGGUGGUGGUCUACUCGUCGGAGGAUUCGGGGGAGGAGACGCCGCAGGGACGCGAUGCCGGCACCGCCGCCGCCGCCGCUCCUCGUCUUCGCCCUGCUCUGCUUUCUGGCCGCCCACGGCGAGGUCUCCGGAGACCGCCAGUGUCUGGGCUACUCGGACAAGAAUGGAACGUUCCACCGUGGCAUCAACUGCAUCUUCCCCGAGUCGUGCUGUGGCAGCUGCUACCAGCGCUCGUGCUGCUCCGUGUCCAGCCAGCGCAUCUCCGAGCGCAUGCAGAAGCACUGCACCUACUUCGCCGUGAACCCCGGAACGGUCGCCGGGAUCGCGUCCAGUAUCUUCGUCUUCCUCGUCAUCGUCAUCACCGCCAUCUGCUGCUUCAUGUGCUCCUGCUGCUUCAUCCGACGCUGGCGUCAGGGAAACCUCCGCUCCUACACCACCGCUGAGCACAUGCAGCUGAACAUGCAGCCGGGCCCCGGACAGAGCUCCUACCCCCAGCAGCCCCCUAUGGGGCCCCCACCGGCCCAGCCGUACCCUGCCUACCCAAUGGGGCCCGUCUACCCUGCAGGGCCCGGUUACUCCCAGGGACCCGGGUACCCCCAGGGGCCGGGGUACCCCCAGGGGCCCGGAUACCCCCAGCAGGGGCCUACUUACAACCCUCAGGGCCCCCCGUACCAGCCAUACCCCAUGGCGCCGCCCUCCUACGACUCGGCCAUGGCUCCUCAGCCACCAUACCCGGUGCACCCCACCUACCACCAGGGCUACGCGUCAGCGCCCGACAAAGCCAUGUGAAGCUCAUCGCCCGGCCGCUCGCUCGCCCGCCUGGCAACCUGUCAACCCACCUGCUCGCCCACACGCCCGCUGGCUCACUCGCACAUGGCUGACACGACACAGUCCAACCAUGCCCACCAAACGUGCAAGCUCAUCGCUCGUGGUUUCAUUUAUUUAUCUUGACCCCCCCACCGCUCCUUAUCGUGGCGGUUCGCAUCACCGCGCCGCCAAUUGCCACCCGCGCACAGGGUUCAGGGGUUAGCGACCGGAUCGGCGUGAGAGCUCGUGACCGUCUUGUCCCGGGAUUCAUUUUUUCACUGAGUAUUCUCCGGGUCGCUGGUAUAGACGGGAGUUGAUAGCAUGUGCCUAGUAGUAGUGACAGCCAUAGUGAGGCAUACUGGAUGUGGUGUCCCGGGUAUGGAAAUAUUUUCUUGGUCACCAACCCACACAGACCCCGGCCGACUAAGGCCUGGUCAUAGUUCACAGCCAACCCCCACCCACCACAAUGCCAGCCCAGUCGUAACGUUUGCAUGUCAAGGGUCGCCGCUGUCAACCGGGCGAUUCCUUCCCACCAAUCGUGGCUGUCUCUAGUCUGCCGAGAGACCUGCAAACCGCUUGUGGUAUUAAAAUGAAAGUUGAGUUGUUUUGGAAUUUCACUUUGCGGGCGUCUUCAAUGCCUCCCUCUCCACCACGCCGGUCGUUCCUCCGGGUGGCCAAGCAUCGGCACCGAGUGCCCGUCAGGUUUCUAGGGAGAGGGAGGUGUUGCGUCGUGUUCUUGCGGCGCCGACCCACGCCUAGCUGGGCUCUGGCGGACCUGUACGUUGUUUGCCCUUGAAUGUAUUGCAUGCGUAGGGGUUUUGUUGAUCGACUUAGUGAUGCAUUGUUUGUGCCAGCGUUGAUUUCCCUAGCGGGAUCGGUGGUGAUGUCAUAUUCGUCACGUGUAUUUGUUUUUCACCUUAGUUGACGAUUACUAGAUGCCUGCCGAGUCAGAUGCGGCUUUAAAAACUUCCCAAACAUUGGAAGGGGGGCAGUCCGUGUGCUUUCAGAAUGCCGGGCAUUUUUAAUACAAUAUGGCCCAACAAAAGUAAAAUAACACAUUAAAUAAAAAAUUUCUGAUAUCAAUAAAUUACAACUCUUUGGGGUCUCACGGAGGAGGGGGCAAUCACCCCCUCCACCCCCCCCCACCCACCCCACUGGUUUUGCCACGGCUGCGAGCGGAGGAAAUACCUGCGGAGCGUGGCAAUGGCCAUGUCUCCACCCUCCUAGAACCAGUGCGCCUCCUGCUGCGCCUCCCGUUGCUGCUGCAGUGGUGGUGGCGGCAGCAGCAGCAGUGGCGCACCGCCGGGAGAGGAAACCAGCGAGGGUGCAGACGCAGGCGAGGACUGUCGCCUUGUCAGAGCGUCCCAAGUGCGCCGAGGACGACGAAACAGCAUGGUUAGUUGGCUGUGUCUAUAUUUAAGGGUUUAUCAUGUUUGGCAAUUGGCUGACCUGAUGAUAUUAUUUAGUUUUUAAAUGUGAGGGUGAGGGGCGACAAACACUAAAUGUGACUGCUCUAGUCAGCCAGACCCCCGAGAAGGACAACUCGUGGACGAAAGUGAUCCUAAACUCCACAUCCUGUCGACGGCCAGACUGGAAUUCCCUGCCAUCGUCUAUUUUUCCAGCAUGUGGAGCGAAACGUCGGACGACGCGCCGGGCCAAACAACGCGUGGUGCAACCAAAUGCAUGGGGGAGGGGGGGGCGGACAGCGAUGCAUGUUGGGAUGUACCUGGACCUGCCCACAGUACUUGUGAUGUUUUUUUACGAACAUUAAUUAUAUUGAACGCGAUAUACAUUGCGAAGGUAUAUAUUUUUGGAGUUGUGAUGCAUGUCGUACAUUGUGCAAGAUCGUGAGAGAUGGCAGCAGCUUUGUGAGGCCUUCAUCCAGCAGUGGAUUGACCAUGGCUGAUGAUGAACGCAAGUCUUGGGUGGUUAUGGCCAGGCCGUCGAUCGCCCGGCCUAAGAAAGGAGGUUCAGACUAGCGGUUUCACCGGCACGCUGUUCAGCCCAUCAUCGUGUACCGGUGGUCGCUAAACUGAUACUACUUUGCAGGAAUUCGAUGGUGACUUGUGGAUAAACUUCCCUCCGCCGUACGAACAUAGAAUUUCCAGCACUGGCUCGGGAUCGCGAGUGGACCGCGAGCGCUGCUUCAAACUUAGCAGGGGGCAUCUGUGGUGCCCUUGAAAACCCACGGCGUGGUUAUGGCCCCAGAGUAGCGGAGGCGCUUUUGUUGAGAGUGACGAUGCGGGCUAAGUGGGGAUCUGCUGAACGUGAUUGUGCCUCUUGCGGGGCCGAUCCGUUGGGGAGGCUACAACGACGAGGCAGAAACGACCUGCGCCACGCAUGGAUGUCCUGUGAUGCUCUGCGAUGUGCGGAAGAAAUAUCUUCCGGUGCGGAAGCCGCCGGAGCAGCUGUCGUCACAGAGAUGCGUUUGCGUGCUUCUAAAUGGUACAUUUUUUCUCUGGUUUGAGUUUUCAAAAGUUCUGGGGAACCCCUUUUGAUCACUUUGGCCGAUUAUUAAGAGGGUAACUCGAUAACAUCGACGUGACUUUAUUCCGAAGUUUACCGUCUUAUUCGUUCAGGUUUACGAGCGUCAUCAAGCCCCUCAACCCACCGCGUUAUAUGCGGACGGACAGAACUCUGCAUUGACCCCUUCAGCGUUAGUGCGCGUCAAGAACACGUGUGUGGGUUGUCGCGUUCUUCGGGCAUCGUCACCCCUGUCCCCACGGUGCGCGCUUUUGAGUGUUUGCGAACGCAUUGUUGGCCGCUGAGAUUAACCCUGCGACACUUGUUGAGUCUCGACACUGCACGGCUUUAGGUGCAAUGACGCGUCGAUUUCAUGUCCAUUCUUACCUCCCCCCCCCC